AUGGUUUUCAUAACUUGUAUUCGUCAUGCAAUUCAACAACGUUCACGAAUGUUUCUUCCAACGCCAGUUCAUCUUCCAAGAGAAAGUCGUUCUAAAAGUCAAUCAUUAUUACAAGAAGCAGCUAUUGUUCAUAGUGUAGAACAUGGAUUUCCACAAUUAUUACCAUUAGGCUUUCGUAUUUUGACGAAAUUGAAAACUUUAAUUAGAAAUGAAAUGAAUAAUAUUGGAGGACAAGAAUUAUCACUUCCAGCAAUUGGACGAAAAAAUAUUUGGGAGAUUAGUGAUCGAUGGAAUUUAAUGCAUAAUGAAUUAUUUAAAUUUAAAGAUCAUGAUGAAGAAUAUUGUUUAAGUCCAACUCAUGAAGAAGCAAUUACUAAACUUGUUUCAUCUGUGUGUAAAACAAUUCCACGAAGUAAUUAUCCAUUAUUGGUUUAUCAGAUUACAUGGAAAUAUCGUAAUGAAUCAAAUUAUCGUCAUGGUCUUUUACGAACAAAAGAAUUUCUUAUGAAAGAUCUGUAUAGUUUUCAUAGAGAUGAAGAAUGUGCACGACAAAUAUAUGAUCAAGUGUGUGAUGCAUAUGAAAGAAUAUUUCAAAAAUUAGAAUUAAAUUGCUUUAAAGUACCAGCUGAUAGUGGUCUAAUGGGUGGUUCAUUAAAUCAUGAAUUUCUAGGGGUAUCAGCUAUUGGUGAAGAUACAUUACUUAUUUGUCCAAAAUGUAAUCGUGGCUAUUUAAAAAAUAAAACUCAAUGUGACCAUACAGAAAAAAUUGAACAACGAGCCAUUGAACUUGGUCAUUGUUUUCUUCUUGGUGAUCGUUAUACCAAAGCAUUUAAUGUAACAGAAGGAUCAACAGAUAUAGCUACUGAGAAAAAACCGUUAAUAAUGGGUUGCUAUGGUAUUGGUUUAACACGUUUAAUGGCAGCAACAGUUGAAAUACUUACACCAAAAGAAUCAAAUGAUAUACGAUGGCCAAGACGAAUUGUUCCUUAUCAAGUCGCUAUUGUACCACCCAAAAAAGGUAGUCCCGAAGAAACAAAUGGUAAUGAAAAAACUCUUAGUUGUUUGUUAAAACUUGAUAAUACAGAAUGGUUUGUUGAUGAUCGUAGUGAAUUAACUAUUGGUUAUCGAUUAAAAGAUUGUCAAAAAAUGGGUAUUCCUAUUGUUAUAGUGUUUGGAAAACGAGCUACUAAACAAAACUUGUGUGAAGUCAUCGAUGUAUACAACAAUCGAACAGAAUAUUUAUCCUAUGAAAAUACAUUAAAGUUUAUUGAUGAUUAUUAUUCAGUUUUUUGUUAG